AUGUCAUUUGAAAUCGGAUCAGCGACCUCCGACGGGUACGUGGAGUUUACUAAUACAAGCCGCCCUGUAGCCUCCACCCCGACUCCUCGACGGGUCAUUGCAUGUGCGAGAUGUCGUCAGCGGAAAGUACGAUGCGAUGGAUCGCUUCCGGCAUGUGCAAAUUGUUCCAAAGUGGGAGUUGAGUGCUUCCAGGGCGGAACCUCAUCGAAGGUCUCACGCGCUCGCCUCCAUUAUCUUGAAAAUCGAAUACGCGAGCUUGAAUCUCGCAGUGCAACUUCUCAGUCUCUCUCUGAUGCAGUCCCAAGUGAGGAUGAGCUCAUCGAUACACCGAGAAGCCCACCAACAUUAUUCAACGGAGGAGACCACUUGACCAAUACAGCCACCGAUACUCGAACUGGCCAACAUACACUCUACCAUGGACAAGAUGAUUCAACCACUAUAUCUUCCAAUGCACCUGCUAGUGGGCCUGUCAUCGAGCCUGCAAAUGAAACUGUCAACGAGCCCGCCAAUACUUUAACUGACCAGCCGGCAAUCUUCCAUGGGCAGAAUGAUUCAAUCCCUAUAUCUUCCAAUGCUCGACCUCCACCGGUCUAUGAAGUAGGGGUAGUUCCAAACCAUCAGCACGUAAUUCAUACAGCAUCUCCGAUGACACAAUCAUCCGCUGUGUCUGCACCGACUAGUAUCACCCGGGAUCAACCUUUGGCGCAUGAAGUUGGCCUGCUAUCCCUGGCCAACUACAGUGACCCAAAGUACCUUGGCCCCUCAUCCGGUGUACCCUUUGCGCGUUUGAUCUAUGAGAGCGCUCCUCAGUCUCAAGGGCUGUCUCUCAGAGACUGGUACCAAGCCUCUGGCUUGGGAGAUUCAGAAAAGGGAGGACCGAGAAAUGUGCAGCCCGCCGCUCUUCCGCUGCCGGCCGAAUGUCAUCAAUAUGCGGAGGCCUACUUUGAAGUUGCUGUAUUUUUACCUUUCAUGAUGCAGGACGAGGUGUUUGAUCUCUUGGAUGAUGUCCAACGAUUUCAAGAAACGGGAGUUUGGAAGCCAGCCCUUCCCAUUGUGCUGGGUUUUGGGCAGGUCUUUCUGCUGUUGUCUCUUGGCGCUCGCUCACUUGAGACAAAAUUAAAGAGUGACUUUAAUUCAAGUGGACUGCUGGCCGCCGGGAUGCGAUAUGCCACCCAAGUCCAACUUCACGAUAGCACAGAAGGGAUUCAAGUUCUUCUUCUAAUGGUUUUGAACAGCUUUUACAACCCAGAGGGUUUGAAUGCCUGGUAUUUUCUGCACACAAUUAUUGCCAGUUGCUUGGAUCUUGGUCUCCAGCGGUCGAAUAAUAAUAAACAGGACCUCGAAUCAACAAAGCAGCGCAGCCAACGGCACAAACGGAGCGCAAUAUUCUGGUCUGCAUAUUCGCUAGAUCGGAUUUUGACAACGAUCCUCGGGAGGCCACUUACACUACGAGAUGAAGCCAUCGAUGUUGAGUUUCCUGGAAUCAACAAGACAAAUGAGGUGGAUUGGGGUGCUCUCCAAUGGAGCCACGAGGGUGCUAAUGUGGCAGAGCCAUUUGUUCCUUGCAUAUAUGCCUUGCGCUUUGACCGAAUCGUUGCCGAAGUUAAACUCAUGAUAUAUCGCGUAUCACGGGCACCACAACGGUUCCCUUGGCCAAGCGAUCUCACAAACUGGCAACAAGACGUCGAAGAUUCAUGCCAUGUACUCAUCCAAGAGGUGGAGAGUCGCCAAAGAAGCCUGCGGAUGCUAAACUCACCAUAUCUUUCUUUCGUUGUGGUCCAAAAGCUUCAAGUCAAGUACCAUUCAUGUCUCAUGCUGCUUUAUCGACCAAGCCCUCAGAUCCCUCGACCUUCCCAGGAUGCCCUACGGAAAUGCUUUGAUAGCGCCAUGGAGAUCAUUCGUAUUUAUGCAGAUCUGCACCGGUUCAAAAGCAUGGAUUGCACUUGGAUUGCUGCUCAUUCACUCUUUAUUGCAGCAAUUACCAUACUCUAUUGCCUCUGGACAAAUCCAGUUGUGAUGGUGUCGGUUCUUCGUGAAACAUGCUUCGACCGAGUUAAAAAAGCUCAGAAUUUACUCGAAUAUCUCAGUGACACAUGGUCUGUGGCAUAUAAUGCGUGCGAAAAGCUUGGUCGUCUUAUUCCUGCCGCAAUAGAUGGCUUUGACAGUCUUUAUGGGAUUUCUGAGACCCAACCCGAAUUGCAGCAUGCCCCUGGACCUCGGAUUCGACCAGAGGAACUUCAAGAUGACAAUUUUAUCAAUAGUUGGUCUCAACAUGGUGUCAAUACCUUGGUGGAUGAACUGGGCAUGAUGCGUGAAUUCUUUGACCUUGAUUGGCUUGAUGAUGCUGCUCUCUCCCAGUAA